AUGCCCGACGUCCCCACCCCCUUGCCUCACCUCGUCUCCCAGCCCUGCGACCGACCGACCGACCGCCCUUCCCCGGCCCUCCGGCGCCGCCCCUCCGAACCGCGUAGUGCCGCCGUAGCCCGAUCGGUGUGCGCCCCCAUCAAAAACAUAUUCGUCUGCCUCCGUUGCACAUUCACGGCGAUCUCCUUCCCACUCUCUGCAACUCGUUCCCUCGAUGUACGAUCCCCUGAGCUCGUCGACUUCCACCCUGCGGACGGCGGCGGCGGCGACAGCGUGGCAGUGCACCCAAAUUUUCUGCUGUCGGUGUCGUUCACCGCCCCUGCCCUUCCGCGGAGAUCGACUUCGGCGCCCGUUUUCUCACCGCAAUUCACCGCGGUUCACGUCCUCCUCCUCGGGGCCGGGACUCUCCGUCUCACCGCUGUGAAUUGA